AAAGGCAGUGGUAACUUAUUUCUUUGCAUCAUGUUCCAGGAAAUGAAUGCCCCUUCUCUCCAGUGUAUACUCUUUCCUUUUAUAUAAUUUCAAAGUGAUCCAUAAGGGUCUCUGGUGUCUUUGUGGUGAAGCAUGAGACACCAGGGCCAGUUACUAAGGUGGUAUUCCUUGAUUAACACCUUGGCUCUUUGUCUCAACAAAAGAAAUAGAAGAACAGAUAUAAAAUUUUAAGAAUAAUCUGUAAGAAAAAUUCUUAGGAGUUUAAAUAUUUUGAACAUAGAGAAGAGGCUCAUACCUUUGGUUAGGUUGAGAUAAAGGCUGGUUGUGUUUCAUAAAACUUGUUUGCCAUUAGGCACCGACACCCCUGCCUUCUGCAAAUGAUCACUGGUAUCUCUGUUGCUAUAAUAUGUUUAUAGAUUGUACAUUUUGGGAGAAGGUUACUCAUUACUCCUAAGGAGGAGUAUGCUUUUAGAAAAUAUUUGGCCCUUUUAAAUUAAAAAUUGAGGUCUUUUAGAGUGCUUUUAAAACAAUAAAUUGUAGAAGUAAGACUAAUGCUAGCUAGCAGUUGAGCCAAAUACAUUAUAAAAUUUGAGUAUUAUUCAGUGUUGAGCUUUAUAUUUCCAUUAUGCUUAUUUUUGAAAGUGUUUCUAGAGCUAAUGUAAGAAACUAUAAUAAUCCUUUUUUUAAAUGACCACGGAAACCUUUUCAUGUUUAAGGUGUUUUGUUUUUCCUUUGUUAUUUAGUACCUGUCAUUGUACAAAACUGCUAAUAUUGGCUGUAUUUGCUCUUCUUAAAUAAGUAUUUACUGAGCAUGUGUUACAUCCCAGGCAACUUUCUAGAGACUAAGAAUGUAGCAAUGCACAGGACAGAGACCCCAUUCUAAUGAGUUCACCUCUUAGUGAGGGAGAUGGAUAAAAACCAGAGAAGCAAUAAAGACAAUAAGAUCAGAGUGAGACAUGCUGGAGAAGUGAUAAAAUAGCGUUGCUGGGAUAAAGAGAUGCAGGGUGGGGCCACUGUUUUAGACUGAGCAGCUCUGGAAGCCUCUCUGAGGUGAAGAAAUUUAAACCGAGAGUUGAGUGUGUUCUUGGAGAUCUGGAGGAGUGGUGGCUCAGGCAGAGGGCAUGACAUACGCAGAGGGCAUGGCUUGUGCCAAGGCCAGGCGGUGGGACCGAGCCUCGCACACCAGAGGAACAGACGGCUGCCAGUGUGGCUGGAGUUUCUGAUCAAAAAGUGGCCCGAGAGAGCAGGUGCUGGGAUGGAUGUCCUGGGCGUUUGCAAAUGGCAAGGAAGGUUCAGUGACGUGGGAGGGAGACCUUGGAUGGUGGGGUUCCUCCACCUGCUGGAAGCUCCAGGAGGGCAGUUGUGGAUCUGCUCCUGCUUCAUUGCUUAGCCUGGGUUAUAAUGUGCUGUGAAUAUUUAGAGAAUUAACUAAUAAUCAGUUUAAGAAAUAAUCUUGUCUGGUUUUUCUCAAAAUUCUUAGAUUUGGGAGUCUUUGAGCUGAGUUUUCUCCAUCUUGGCUGUGGCCCUUGACAUUACCAGAUCCAUCCCACUGUUAAAGCAUCUUCUCAGAUUGUUGUUUUAAAACUGAUUGCAGCGCACAGGUGAUGGACAUUUCUUUAUGUGUGAAACGACCAUCCUGGCUGGUGGACUGCAAAAGAAUGAGGAUGGCUUCAAAUUCCCAGUGGCUCUUAUUAACAGCUGUGCUUCUGUAUUUAACAAAUCAAGUAAACAGCCAGAAAAAAAGUACUCCUCAUGAUUUGAAGUGUGUAACUAACAAUUUAAAAGUGUGGGACUGUUCUUGGAGAGCACUUUUUGGAGCAGGUCGUGCUGCUUCUUAUGAAGUUUGCAUUGAAAAGCGGUCCCGUACUUGUUAUCUAUUGGAGAAAAAUACUACAAUCCCACCUCUUUUACCUGGUCAUUAUGAAAUAACAGUACACCCUUUAUAUGAGUUUGGAAGUUCCAAAAGUAAAUUCAUACUAAAUGAAAAAAACAUUUCCUUAAUUCCAGAAACUCCAGAGAUCUUGGAUUUGUCUGCUGAUUUCUCAACUUCUACGUUACACCUAAAGUGGAAUGACAAAGGUUCUGUUUUUCCACAUUACUCAAAUGUCAUCUGGGAAAUUAAAGUUCUACGUAAAAAGAAUAUGGAAAUUGUAAAAUUAGUGACCUAUAGCACAACUCUGAAUGGCAGAGAUACAAUUCAUCAUUGGAACUGGACUUCAGACAUGCCCCUGGAGUGUGCCAUUCACUAUGUGGGAAUUAGAUGCUACAUUGACGAUCCUCAGUUCUCUGGUCACAAAGAGUGGAGUGACUGGAGCCUACUGAAGAACAUCUCCUUGCCUCCUGAUUCUCAGACUAAGGUUUUUCCUCAAGACAAAGUGAUACUUGCAGGCUCAGAUAUAACAGUAUGUUGUGUGACUCAAGAACAAGUAUUAUCAGCACAGAUUGGCAGCACACAUUGUCCCCUUAUCCAUCUUGAUGGGGAAAAUGUUGCAAUCAAGAUUCGCAAUAUUUCUGCUUCUGCAAGUAGUGGAACAAAUGUGGUUUUCUCAGUAGAAGAUAACAUAUUUGGAACAGUUGUUUUUGCAGGGUAUCCACCAGACAUUCCUCAAAAACUGAACUGUGAGACAUAUGAUUUAAAAGAAAUCAUUUGCACUUGGAAUCCAGGAAGACCAACGUCCUUGGAGGGCCCACGCAGUACAAGUUACACUUUAUUUGAAAGUUUUUCAGGAAAAUAUGUUAGAUUUAACGGAGAUGAAGUGUCUGCAAAUGAAAACUACCAGUUAUUCUUUCAAAUACUUUCAAAUCAAGAAAUACACAAUUUUACAUUGAAUGCUCAAAAUCUUCUGGGUCAGACAGAAUCAACCCUUUUAGUUAACAUAACUGAAAAAGUUCAUCCCCGUAUUCCUACUUCACUCAAAGUGAAGGAUAUUAAUUCAACAGCUGUGAUACUUUCCUGGCAUUUACCGGGCAACUUUACAAAAAUUAAACUGUUAUGUCAAAUUGAAAUUAAUAAAACUAACUCAGAGCAUGAAUUGUGGAAUGUCACAAUGAGGGGGGUAGAAAGUUCAAAUUAUCUUACUACUGUGGACAAGUUAAAUCCAUAUACCAUAUAUACUUUUCGGAUUCGUUGUUCUACUGACCCUUUCUGGAAAUGGAGCAAAUGGAGCAAUGAAAAACAGUGUUUAACCACAGAAGCCAUUCCUUCAAAGGGACCAGAUAUUUGGAGGGAGUGGAGUUCUGAUGGAAAGAAUCUAAUAAUAUAUUGGAAGCCUUUACCCAUUAAUGAAGCUUAUGGAAAAAUACUUUCUUAUAAUGUAUCAUAUUCGUCAGAUGAGGAAACAAAAUCCCUUUCUGAGAUUCCUGAUACUCAACACAAGGCAGAAUUACAACUUGAUAAAAAUGAUUACAUCAUCAGUGUGGUGGCAAAAAAUUCUGCCGGCUCAUCACCACCUUCUAAAAUAGCUAGUAUGGAAAUUCCCAAUGAUGAUCUCAAAAUAGAGCAGGCUCUUGGAAUGGGAAAUAGGAUCCUCCUCACUUGGAAUUACGACCCCAACAUGACCUGCGACUAUGUAAUUAAGUGGUGUAACUCAUCUCAGUCUGGACCCUGCCUCAUGGACUGGAAAAAAGUCCCUCCAAACAGCACUGAAACUGUAAUAGAAUCUGAUCAGUUUCGACCAGGUGUAAGAUAUAAUUUUUCGGUGUAUGGGUGCAGAAAUCAAGGAUAUCAGUUAUUACGUUCUGUAAUUGGAUAUGUAGAAGAAUUGGCUCCAGCUGUUGCUCCAAAUUUUACUGUUGAGGAUACAUCUGCAGAUUCUAUAUUAGUGAAAUGGGAAGAAAUUCCUGUGGAAGAGCUUAGAGGAUUUUUAAGAGGAUAUUUAUUUUACUUUGAAAAAGGAGAGAGAGACACAUCUAAGAUAAUGGGUUUGGAACCAGGUCGUUUUGACACAAAGGUUAAGAAUAUUACUGACAUAUCCCAGAAGACACUGAGGAUUGCUGAUCUUCAAGGUAAAACAAGUUACCACCUGGUCUUGCGAGCCUACACAGGUGGAGGAAUGGGCCCAGAGAGGAGCAUGUUUGUGGUGACAAAGGAAAACUCUGAGGGUUUGAUUAUUGCCAUUCUCAUCCCAGUGGCAGUGGCUGUCAUUAUUGGAGUGGUAACAAGUAUCCUUUGCUAUCGGAAACGAGAAUGGAUUAAAGAAACCUUCUAUCCUGAUAUUCCAAAUCCAGAAAAUUGUAAAGCUCUACAGUUUCAAAAGAGUGUCUGUGAGGGAAACAGUGCUCUUAAAACAUUGGAAAUGAAUCCUUGUACCCCAAAUAAUGUCGAGGUUCUGGAAACUCGGUCAGUGGCUCUCAAAAUGGAAGAUACAGAGAUAAUUUCCCCGGUGGCUGAGCGUCCAGAAGAUCGCUCUGACGCAGAACCGGAGAACCACGUGGUUGUGUCCUAUUGCCCACCCGUCAUCGAGGAAGAGCUAGCGAACCCGGGAGCAGAAGGCGGCGGGGCCUCACAAGUCAUCUACAUUGACGUCCAGUCCAUGUACCAGCCUCAGGCGAAACCAGAGGGGGAGCUGGACGGUGACCCUGUAGGGGUAGCAGGCUAUAAGCCGCAGAUGCGCCUCCCCAUUACUUCCACUGUAGACGAUCUGGAUGCAGAUGAUGACUUAGAUAAAACUGCAGGUUACAGACCUCAGGCAAACGUAAACACUUGGAACUUGGUAUCUCCAGACUCACCUCGGUCCACAGACAGCAACAGUGAGAUUGUGUCUUUUGGAAGUCCAUGCUCCAUUAACUCCCGACAAUUUUUGAUUCCGCCUAAAGACGAAGAUUCUCCUAAAUCAAGUGGAGGCGGAUGGUCCUUUACAAACUUUUUUCAGAACAAACCGAAUGAUUAAGUGUCCCCCGUCACUUCAGUCCACCAUCUCAAUAAGCCCCCAUUGCUGGAGCUGCCACAUCAACACAAGGCACCUUGGAGGGAUCCUGUGAAGUGUUGCUAGUGGGGUGGACUUCACUCUCACAAGUUACACUAAAAAGUGUUAAUGUGCUUUUCAUGCAGUCUCAAAGCCAAAGUACAGUAACUCAGAAAUUGGAUCCACACAACUCACAAUUUGGAGCUAUUUGGGAUUCGAGCCAAAGAAUUCUCACAUUACUCUGCCUUCAAGAAGCUUUUCAAGAACAAGCAGUGCCAGGCCCAUUCGUGCAAAACAAACCCUGCAGCAGCUAUAUUCUGUUCUGUUGUUCAUCUGGUUUUCUCACACUUAUAAUUUAUGGAAUUGCACGCAGAUUUGCAGGCAGGGGGGUAAAAUGUCAAAGUAACAGGUGACGUUACUUGCCUGACAUUUGCUCCAUUCCAGAUGAAAACCAAGCACAGAUUUGGAAACUUUUGACAUUAUUCUUUAUCCACAGCAUUUAAGAAAAUUAAUAUAAUUUUUAAUGUAGCAGCAGCUAUUUAGUGUUUUGUUUGAUAAAGUAUGCUGAUUUCUGUGCCUACUGUAUAAUGGUUAUCAAACAGUUUUCUCAGGGGUACAAACUUGGAAAACGAGCGUGAAACUGACCAGCCCAAAUCAGAAUCAUGUCUCCUUGCUUUGGUAGGCGUUUUACGUUGUUCCAUUAUUUUUUAGUGUUUGUGCUAGCUUCCCUUAUUAGGUUGCCCUAAUAUUUAAAAGUAAAUUUCUAAGACUGUAGAUUUUAAGUUUUUUUUUUAAUUGUGUUUUUUUAUGACAGUGUCAGUUUUAUAAAUAUAUGAGCAAAUUCAAUAUUAUUCAUAAACACAGGAUUCCAGUGACUUACUAUUUGAGACGACUACUAAGCAAUAUCUGGCAGCAUCAGCUGUCUGUAUAGGUGGGAUUGGCCUCAGUUCCUCCUGAGAAGACCACGCUUUGAGCCCUGGUUGCCCGGGCAGCGUGAGCAUCUGUGACACCUGCUAACAGGUGUUCUUUCUCAUCACACAUCUUAGCAGUUCCUUCCUCUUCAUCAGUCCAAGCUAGUUGUUUCCGUCCUCAAACUUUUCAAUAUAAAACUAAAAAAGAUAAUGCUUCCUAACAGGGACAGUUGCUCAAGGGCUCUUUCAUAGAGAAUGUUAUUACAGCGGAUUUGAAUCCAUGGGCGUACCUGUAUUAAAGGUGCUCUGGGAGAUGUCCAGAGUGGGGUCCUCACAGCAUUCUCUGUCCACCCCUGAUCUACACACAUGAUGUCUGCAAUGAGUGUGGUUCUUGGAGAAGCAGAUUGAAGAGCUAAAAACUGUAUCUUAUAUUUUCCCUGCCCUCAGGUUGUCUGUGUAUUUUAUCUUUUGAGAGUUAAGGCCAGAGUACUUGAAAAUUUGGAAGAUCUGAAGAAGUCACGAUAAGCCCCUUUUUAUUUAUCAUUUGAGAUUCUGUAGUGUAUGUGCACAUAAUGGAUCAGGUUUUUUUUUUCAUUUCUAGCCCAUGAUGUAUCAUUAUAAAAACCAUGUUGUAGAAAAAAGCUUCAACAAGGGACAAAAAUCUAUUUAGGUAGUACUCUGCUUUAUGAAUCCUGAUUUUAAUUGCUAGGAUUCAAUUAAAUCCCAGAGCUUCCUGGUAGAUGAACAUGUGGAGUGAAAUACAAUUAAUUAUGUAUACACAUAGUACAGUAAAACCACAUAAUAGCUCAUAGAUAUUUUCAACAAUGAAAGUUGUAUCAAACCAGAGCCACCUCUAAACAGUUUGCUCUGUCCUGUUAUUUCUCCUGUUGGGCUCCUUCCCUUUGCUUCCACCCCAGACACUGAGCCCUGGGGCUGCCUUCCCUCCCCGCAGAAGCUUGUUACCACACCCUUCUUUCCCCCAAUUCAUGCCUCUUUUCCCGUCAAAACUCACCAGUCCUAUACCUCAUCUCUUUAGGAUAAGUGUUUAGGCCUCUAAAGUGUCCCUUUAGGCCAAGGUAGAAGUUUAUUGAUCUUCACUCCACUAACCUGAGAUAAUGGAAAAAGGCCGGAAGAGAUUGUUUUGAUUUCCAUUAUAUGUGUCGUAGCUCCUACCAUCUACCUACAUAGCGACUCGUUUGUUCGGCUCAUGGUGCAUUUCACCGGGGCUCUCAAGUCCUCUCACUCCGUCCAAGGCUUCAUAGCUUGUUCUGUAUGAAGAUUCAGAGUGCAGCUCACCUCUCCCCUGCCCCUGGGGAUCCACACACAGGAUUGCUGGGUUAAUGAGCAGCAGAAUGUCUCUCUGUUAAGUCUGGGCAGGCUCCUUAUUACUUGUGACGGGCUUAGAAGAGUGUGGCUUAGGUCUGAGGUCAGAACAGAUUUCUCUAUAUUUCCCCUGUUGAAGACUGCCAGACCUCAGCUGCAGGUGGGAAGUGAUUACCACCCAGCCUCUGGGCACCUGGGGACAGGGAGAGGGGAAGAAGACACCCUCUGUCCCAUAUCCGGUUGUCUGUGUCACUGCAGACCCUGGUGAAUGCUCAGUGCCAGGACCCUGCACAUGGGUGAGAGCUGGUCUAAUAGGGCCUUGCUCUGUGCAGUCAGAUUAGCUCCUCUUCUGAGGGAGGGCUUCCUGCCAGCCCUUCCUGAUUGGGAGAAUGAUUGGGAAACCCACCUUUCCUGCCAAAGUUUCCAGUUAAAGCCCAGUCAUUGGUUAGAAAAUUCUAAAUGUCUGAAAUAUAUCCCAGUAUGUCUUGAUUAGUGCCAUUAAAGGAUACAUUUUCACAUCUCUUCCAAGCCAGCAAACCAAACUUCCCUUGUGAGGAAUGGAGAUUCUGAUGGUCAUUGUGACUACAUUUCUCUUAUGAGUGGCCAUCUGAAAUAAUAUUUAACAUAAAAAUAAUCUUGGAAGACUUAGCCAGGCUUUUGACACUAGAUAGGCCUUAUAAACUGCGUAUUGCAUGGACUAGCAUCCAUAUACAAUUGAAGUCUUCAGUGUGCUAAACCUGUAGGAGCCUGGGUUUGACAUUGUGGCCCAAGUAUCUGGAUAGUUGGGUGUUUAUGUGCUUCAGUGAUAGAGGUGCUCCAUCCCUGCAGUUUACACAGAGUGGCAGCCAUUCCCAGAAAAAUUUACAGGCAGGAGUUUCAGCCUCAUUUUCCAUACCAGCAUUGCUUUCACGGCUCAUGGAUCUGAAGGAUUGCAUUGAGAACAUCUAGUCCUGUUGCACUCUCAGAAACUGUGGGAAAAGUCACAUUCUUAAACCUUCAUGCAGCUUGUAUUCUUGUUGGAAAUUAGUCCUGUAAUUUGUUAGUUGUCUUCAUACUGGCCAUAUUUAAAGAACAUCACAGUCAUUUUUUGUACUUGAAUAAUUAGAUGUAGGUUAGUGAAGGAGACAUGUGAAUGUUUUCUUCCAAAAGGAAUUUGGAAUCAGUUUUAACGAUAGUUUGAAAUAAAAGUGCUCCCUAACCUGUAAUGCAGAAAAUAUUAUCUCAAAUUUUUCUACUGCUCAGGCACAUAAGCUGAUAAAACUUUUUUUUUUUCUGUUGAAGGUAAUUUUUACUGUUUUCUGUUCUGAACCAUGUUAAAAUUUGUAUAUCUUUUAUAACAUAGAUUUCCCCCCUUAUUUUGAAAGUAUAAAAUUGGGCAUCUCAGAAGUCAAAGGUGGGAUCAUUAGUUAAUCACUAAGACUAGGCACAUAAUGGAAAUUCAGUCAGGUUUUUUAUUGACUGAGUCCCAUCCCGGAAUGUGUUGAUUCAGCAGAGUUCUCCUGCAGGAUGGUGCAUGCCAAGAUCUAGCUUGUAUAGAUCUGAGACCACUGGCUCACAGACUCAGAUCUACUGUAGAAGUGACUCCACAGGUUGAGUGAAAACUUGGGUCUUACACAGAUAUCUUAUUCUAAUCUAAUUUUAAAUAUUCAUAGUAACUUUUAUAUGAUGGGUUUACAAUGUGGGACAAUGUUUGUACCAACCAAUUAAGUUGGUUCUAGCAAAUCAACACAUUGAUGUGUGAGUUUUACUGAUUAGAAUGAGCAUUCAUUCUCCUGAUAAACUCUUAAAAGCUUUUAUUUUAAACUGAUACUUCCUGCUAAAACAAAGUUUCGUGGUACCAUGGCCAUUUUAUUUUUUAUAUCCAGAAGAAAAUCUUUGACAAAAGAAAAUGAUCUGUGGCUAAACUUACUGGCAAUGUAGCUUUUAGACAUGACCUUAGAAUAUCAUUGGAAAUGACUUGUUUUGAAUUUGGUCUAUUUAUACCUCUGUGGAUUAUGUGCCAAGGCUAUUAAUAUUUAAACCUCUUAUUCAAUUAGGUGGUGAGAUUUUUAUUCCUUUUCAGUUAGUACUUUUUGUCUUUUAACUAUUACAUGAUCAUACUCAUGCUGAUUUUAACAGAGAUGAACUAUCUUUAAUGCUGAUAAUAGAUUAAAGAACAACAUUCUGUUAAUUGAGAUGUCAGACUUUGUUGUAUAUGGUAAAGUUUCAUGGGAUGUGAUUUGAAUAUAUCCAAAUCCUUAUAAUUAUGAUACUGGAUUAUGAUGGAAUUCUAUUAUUUUUAAUCAUGAAUAGCAUUUCUUUCUCCCUACAUUAAGAAUGUUAAUAUUUUGGAUUAUAAAUCAUGUUAUCAAGAGAAUUUACACAUGUGAGACAAAUUCUAACUGUGGGACAUUUUUAUGAAAAUGUAGUGUUUUUAGAGAGAAACCCUCUGAAUGUUUUUUUAAUGUGCAAGUGCCUAGUUGAAGAAAUACAGAAACAAUAAAUUUGAAAGCUUUUAAAUAAGUAAAUUGUAACUGAUUGAAUAUUAAACAAAUACAAAAAGUAAUAAAUAUUACUUUUUGGUUGCUGUAACUAAAUACCCAAAAACCUAAAAGAUGCGUUGGGGAAAAAAUGAAUGCUUAAGUGAUAAGGAAUUAAUUUUUAUUACAUUUAUUAAUGCAUAUAUAGUCUAAAAUUGCCUUUGCAGUAGCCAAUCAGAACUUUAAAACAAAAAAUUUUCUAACAAUAUAGACCUUACACUGCGCAGAAUCCAAAAAUAAUUUGUAAACCUGAUUGAAUUUCUUUAUACAUUUAAAAUGUACUUCCCUUUAGAAUUAUCCCAUUUUAAAUAGGUAGCUUUCAGUUUCUGAACUUACUAUUUUUUCCUAAGCAUUCUAGUGGUAUAAAAGAUCAAAAGAUUUCUAGGUGGUAAAGCAAUUUUAUUUACGAAACAUGGACAAGUUAACUGUUAGGUUUAACCUUAGCAUUAGUAUUUUUGUAGUUGAUUAUAGAAAACAAUACUGAAUAAUUCUCAUAAAAUUUUUUUUUCAAAUCUCCCCAGUUUGAUUUUCAGUACUUUUCCCCAUUAUUUAUGAUAUAUCCUUCAAUUCCAAUUAUUCCCUCCAGCAUAAUGUUUCAGAAAAAUGACUGUUAUGAAUAAAACACACAAAAAAGAAACCCUCUUCCACUCAUGGUUGUGGAAGGGUAGAUAUUCCUGGGAUUGGGAUUUAUCCAAUUAUUUCCUCCAAAAGGGACAAGGCCUUUUUUUUACAUUUCAAUUCAGAAUUGCUUGAAAAAAAUUUGGCCUGGAUAGAGAGACAUCCUCAGUUUGAGAUAGAAAGUGAAGUCGCACAGUCGUGUCUGACUCUUUGUGACCCCAUGGACUACCAGGGGGUCUACCAGGCUACCAGGCUCCUCCGUCCAUGGGAUUCUCCAGGCAAAAAUACUGGAGUGGGUUGCCAUCUCCUUCUCCAGGGGAUCUUCCCGACCCAGCGAUCAAACCGAGGUCUCCCACAUUGCAGGCAGACGCUAUAACGUCUGAGCCACCAGGCUUGAGGUGGUGCCACCUUAAAGUAUGUCCAAAGGUAGAGUCGUUUUAAAGCGCUCAGCUUUGCUCAUAGAAGUGUGUUCCCUUUCCUUCUCUUUUGUCAGCCAGCUACAAGUCAGAGGUCCUUACAAUGCUAGACAGUCACCAUUUUUUACUUUAAAAAUUGCAUUACAGUGAAUUACUGUUUACAAAAUACACAUACUGUGAACAGAUAUAAGUUUUUGUCUUUUAUAAGGUUGUUUGUAGAAUGAGUGUUUUUUUUAAAGAGGAUGUUAUAUGUUAAAUAUUUUCAGUUUUUUAUAAAUACUAGUUAACUGUUUACUAAUUUUUGUUUGGUCAGGUGUGUGCCAAUGUAGCUGAAAGAUAGGGAGAAACUGCAAAUCCAAAACUAAUUUCUUGAAAUGUACCACUACAGACUUUUUUUUUUUUUAAUCCUGAAUGAUCAGUUGUGAUGUUCUGCACCUUAAAAUUGCUCUUAAUCAUGUCCGGAAACAUUUAAAUACACACAUGCAGGAAGCAAACUGUAUAGAUCGCAGUAUAUUUGUGUGUUGCAGUCUGGUUCACAGAAUUUCAGGUUUAACAGGGAAUAAAAUAACUCCACGUACAGAGAUAACAACUGAAGUAUUUUCUGCCUUAAUGAAAAUUUGGAAAUUAUGUUGCUGUUAAAAGGAAGAAUUUGGACAUUUUAUAUCAUUGUAUAAUUUCAGAAUGUAGUGUCCAUAUCUUUUGGGAAACAUGGUCAUAGCAAGAACAUAGAAUUAUAAGUAACCUAUUACUAAGACACUUAAAUAUAAAACUAGUAUGCUUGGCUGUUAACUCUAAAGAUGUUACUUAUGUCUGUUUUUAAAACAUGCAUGUAUUUAACAAUUUUAUCAUAGUAUUGUCAUGGAAAAAAUAAAUAUAUUUUCUUACACUGA